AUGUUUGAUAUUUGCAAUAUGGUUAGAUUUCAAUUAUAAAUUAGUUUAUAUAGAGGACUUAGUGAUUGUGUUUUUGACAUUAUCACAAGACCAGAUACAGAAUAAAGAAUUAUUGAAUAAGACCUUAGUUCUUAAGUAACAAAAAGUUAUGGAUGGGGUGUUUGGACAAAGUAUUAAUCAGGAUAUGGGGUUUAAAAAUAGUUGAAUUAAGCAACAUCAAGUAUGCAUGUAUUGACAGAAAAAUAUUCAGAAAGGAUUAUAUUGUCAUAUUUUAUAAUUAUAGAUAGAGAGAAACAAAUAUUUUAUCAUAGAUUAUUUAUUUAAUAUGGAGGAGCAUUAUAAAUUAGAGAACUGAAAGUAAAUGUAGGGAUAGCAAAUGAGAAAUGGGUUUUUUAUUAUUUUUGUUAUAAUGAAGGUUUAAAAAGUUAUAGUGCAUUUUUGUAUGUUUAGAAUGAUAAUUUUCAUGUAGGAAUGUCUAAAGGAGGACCUUAUGAAAUAAAUGAUUUGGUGAAAGAAUAUUAUUUAGGAUAAAUUAUAAAUGUAAAUAAUUAGUAUAAUAAAAUUUAGUUAAUAAAUCCAUUUGAUGAUUAGUUAAAUUAUGAUUUAGGCGUAUUUAUUGGAGCAAUAAGUGAUAUGGAUUUAAGAUAUGGAGAUAGUAGUUAUUAUGGGGAAAUUUAAUAAUUUUUAGAUAAUAUAGAAUCAAGUUAAUGCGUAAAAUAAUUGGAUUGUUCAGAGAGUGAGAAAAAAACAAUAUUUGGAAGCAUAAUUUUUGAUAGUUUAGAUAAAAAAGUGUUUUAGAAAUUGAAAUAUGAGAAAUCUCGUUUUAUUAUAAGUGGAUGGGUGAAAGUUAAUUAGGUUUAGGCAUAUUAAGAGAGAAUAUUAGCAUUAUUUAGAAUGAGUUUAAAAAAGUAAUAUGAAGAUGAUCUUAAUUUUGGAGAUAGAUUUUUAUUAUGGUAAUAUUUAUAAAAUUCAAAUUAACCUGAUGUAUCAGGUUUGAUAAUAACAACAUAUCAUUAAUAUGAUCCAUAUACUCCUUAUGUUACAAAUAAUGAUGAUAAGAUAAGUUAUUUGAGUACUUAUUAUAGUAAGGCAAUAACAUAAUGGCAUUGGAUUAUUUAUGAAGAAGGAAGAAGUGAGACAAAUAAUAUAAAGAAUACUAUUUAUUGGGGGAAUGGAGGUAAAAAAACAAGAACUGAUAAUAAAUAUUUAGAAAAAUCUCACCUUUAAGAAACAACAUUCUAUUUAUCUUUAGGAGGAGAUAAUUUUUAUAAUUUUGAUGGUUAAAUUUCAAAUUUUGAAUUUGAAUAUUGUUAUGAUAAUGACUAAUCUUAUUUUAUAAGUAUAAUAAUUAUAAUAUAAUAGAAUGUCAUUCAAGUUGUGAAAGUUGUUUUGGUCCAGCAGAAAGCCAUUGUAUAACAUGUCCUGAUGAAUUAAUUACAAAUAGAGAAUAUAAUUAAGAUCAUAGUACUUGUGGAUGUAAAGUAUCUUAUGUUGAAAAUGAAUAAACAUAAUGUGUUAGUAAUAAAUAUAUUUUAAUAUAAUUUAGAAAGCUAAUAAUAUUUUAAAGAUAUUACUAUACUAGAAGGUGAAGAAAUUGAUUAAUUUGCUUGUGGUUUAGGUUAAUUUUAUGUUUAAUUUGGAUAAAUAACAUAUUGUGUUGAUUGUCCAGGUAAUAUGGAACCUGAUUUUUUUAAUAGACGUAAAUUAUUUUGUGUUGAUUGUCUAAAUUAAUAAAAUACAUGGUAUUUAAAUCCAGUGUGUACAGUAGAUUAUGAAUAACUAAUCUCUAGUUCUACAAGUGCUUAUUAAAAGGUGACUAGAUCAGCAAUAGAUUAUGAAUAUUUCCUUAUUAAUUUUAAUUCUAAAGUUAAUCAAGUAGAAAUAGAACUUUGUUAAGGAUGUUUAGGAGAAACAAAUAAGAAUACUAAUUAUAUUGUAAAAUUAUAAAUAGAAAAAGAAAUUAAAAUUGAAUGUAAAACAUGUUAUUUUGUAAUUAAUGGAGAAUGCAUAAAUAUAAACAAAAAUUGUGAUUCUUGUGAAUCAGAUUAAUGUAUAUCUUGUUAAUAAGGAUUUGCACUUUAUUAAAAUUAAUGUUAUUAAUGUCCUAUUCUUUGUCCUAAUGAUUGUAUAUUUGAUGGAUCAAAAUUGGGUUGUUUAAAAUGUGAUCCAGGAUAUUAUUUAGAUAAAUAAAAUAAUGAAUGUUUAUAAUGUGGAGCUAAUUGUUUAAUUUGUGAACCAGGUAUACCUGUUGAUGGAGAUACUGUUUAAAUGCAUUGUUUUAAAUGUUUAGAUGAUAAAGAUUACUUUAUUGAUAUUGAUCAAAUUAAUUGUAAACCAAAAACUAUGCCUCAUUGUAUAUAUCAGUAUUAAGAAUAAUAUUCGCGUUCUAAAUUUUCUAAUUCUACCUUUAAAUUUUAUUUUUAAACAAGUUUACACUUAAAUUUUUCAAAACCUUCUUUAGAAGUUAAUGAUAGAUGUGCACUUUGUGAAAAAGGUUACAUAUAUAGUUUUUAUGAAAAAGAAUUUGGUAAGGAUAAAUGCAUGUUAUUUUCAUAAAUAACUAAUUCAGAUUUCCAAUUUUAUGAAAGUGCAAAAGUUUCCUAUGAAUCUGAAGAUGAUCAUUUUUAAAUAAUGUUAUUUCAUGAGGAUACUGGUCCUGAAUAUAGAAAUUAUGUUACACAAUUUAUACUGAUGCUUGGAGACUAUAUGACUGAAACAACAAAUUAUUAUGGGUUUAAAGUGGAAAGGGAUGUUACAGUAAUGUGUAAUAUAGACAGAAAAAGAAAGAAGAGAUUGAAUAUAGGUAUAAGUGGUGAUGAAAAUAGAUUAUCAGAAUGUUCAGUAAAUCAUUGUAAAUAUUGUAUCAAAAAUUAUAUAUGGUUUUAUGAAUAUUGUAUGCUAUGUGAAGAAGGAUAUUAUGCAGAUAUGCAUUCAGGUUAAUGUUAUUUAUGUUUAAGCAAAUUGAAUUGUAAGACAUGUUAAAUGUAACAUAAAGUUUAUAAGGAUGGAUGGAAAUGGGAAAUUAGAGCAUUUUAUCGUGCUAGAACAUGUGCUGAUUAUUGUAUCGGUAGUUUUAGUUUAGAUUGUGCUAGUACUAAUACAGACGAUUAUGAAGUUUAUUGCACAUCAUGUGAAGAAGGAUAUGAAAUUUAUAAUUACAAAUGUAUUCCUAAAUGCAGUUGUACUAAAUGUAUUAUUAAAAAUGAUCUUAAUGUUUGUGUAGAAUGUCCAACAUCUUUAAUAAAUUAAAAAUAACCCAUUUAAACUUUAAUCAAUAAUCAAUGUACUGAUUGUCCUGCUAAUUGUGCUCUAUGUAGAGAAUUAGAUCAAUCUGAAAUUUAAUUAAUCAAUCCCUAUUUUAAUCCUACUUAUACUUAACUUUCUAUCUAUUCUAAAGCCUGUAUCAAAGGUAGUUAACCAGAUUAAACACUUAUGUAAUACUAAUAUAUUUAUCGUGAUCCUAUCUUAAAUACUCAGAUCUUAUGUAAUCAAUAUUAAAAAUGCUAUUAAUAUUUAUAAUAAGAAUAUACUAUCUAUUGCGAUAGAGAUUCUUAUGAUGAUGAUAUCGUUUCAGCUAAUAAUAUCAAUACUUUUAGAUUCUAAAAUAUGGCUUUAUCACAUUUAUUUUCAGAAAAUCAUUUCUCUAUUGAAUCUUAAAAACUUUUUGAUGAAUUAAAUAAAAAAUCUAUUAAAUCAGCUAAAUAUAUUCUUAAUUUCAAAUACUCUGCUGAUAAACCUUGUAUUAUACCACCUAAUUCUCUUAUAUUUUCAAAUCUUAGAAAAAAUGUCUUUACUUUACAAAAUUUGGAAAUCAUUUUAAAUGGAGAUAUUAAUAAGAAAACAAUUAUAGAAGGCGAAUUUUCUUUAAGAGAUUUCACUAAAGUUAUCUUUUAAAAUUUUUAAUUUGUCAAAUCAACCAAAAUAAGCAAAAUAUCUAUUACAUAAACUAAUAGAGUUAUUGUUAAUUUACAUAAUAUAUAAAUUUAAAAUUCUGAAGAUUUUCAAUUUCAAAUUUAUAUUAAUGAUCCUUAAUAUAUUUAAGUAAAUAAUUUACAAAUUAUUAAUUCAAAGAUAAUUAAUACUUAAGGGAUUAUUGCUUAUUCAUUUAGUAAAAAUAUAUCUGAUAGAUUUUAAUUUCAUAUAAAUGAUAUUACACUUCGAAAUUCAUAAUUUAUAAAUACUUAACUAUUUGUUUAGAUUUUAUCAGAACAUUCUAAUAAACAAGAUUAUAAGGCCACUUAAAUCAAAACAUUUAAUAAUAAAUUAAUUUCAUCUUCCCUAUUUGAAACUUACUUUCCCUUAUCAAAAAGACAGUCAAGUUUCAUAAUUCAAGAUUUUUCUGUUGAUGGAGAUAAACUUACAAAUUCUAGUUAUGCAAUUUUAUAAGGUGCACUUGAUGUAUUCUUGAAAGAUAUAAACAUUUAAAAUAUUAUUGCUUAUGAAGGAACAAAAUUAUUUUAACUGCCCUUAUUUGUUGUAAAAGGAUUCAUUUUUAAUGGCAAUAGUCUUUUAGGUAGUGAUAAUCGAGUAUUCACAAAUGUAAUCAAUAUAGUAUAUUCUGAUUUGGAUAGUAUUAAUAAUAUAUUAUCAUUUGAAAAUAUUAAAUUGAUGAAUAAUUAAUAUGUGAGUAGCAAAGUGUUUAUGGAAAUUAUUUAGAGCAGUAAUUUUCUUUCUUUGGAUCUCAAUAUCAAAGAUCUUACAUUAAUUAAAAAUAAUAUGAUAUUGGAAAAAGUAUAAACAUCUAAUACUUUAGAAAAUUCUACAAUUUAUUUGGAUAUAACUUUAUUGAAUUUGAAUAAUGUAAUUGUUUAAAGAGAUCUAAACUUACCAGAAUUUACAAUUAAGAAUUCGAAAAAGGUUUUUAUAAGUCAAUUUGCAGGAUAGUUGAUAAAAUAAUUUGAUAUUUUGCAUCCUUCAAAAUCUUGUCUUUCCUCUAUAGAUGAAACAAGAUAAACAACCUUGUUUUUUUUUUUCAAUAUCAUAGAUUUAGAAAUUUAAAAUUUUGUAAUAACAAAUUUAACAUCUAUAAAUUUACCUUUGAUUUUGAUAAAAUCUAUUGAAAAAUAAAACAAGAGACAAUAAGAAAAAAUUACUUUAAAAAAUUGUAAAUUUAUUCAGAAUAUUUUAAUGGUUACUAAGACAUCAGAAUAAUUGGGAAUUAUAGCAAUCCUAUCAGAAUAAGAGUAAAAAAUAGUAUUUGAAAAGAUUUUGUCAUAAAGGAAUAUUUAACAUAGUUAUGUAGAAGAUGUUGCUUUUAUUUCAUCUUCGACAGUGCUAUUAAUUACUCCAUAAUCAAAUGUUGAAUUAAAGGAUUCAUAUUUUGAAGGGAAUAUUGUAACCAAUGGAGAGAAUUCUAAUUUAAUUUUGAUUGGUAAAUAGGUCUUAGUAAUUGAUACAAAUUUCAUAAAUCAAAAUAAUAUAGAGUUUGAGUAUUUCUCAAAACAUUUAAAUUGGGGAUUUUAAAACGAUGAAUAAGUGUACUUAGAAGAUUUAAUAGAAGCAUUUCCAAUAAGUUCGAAAGGAGGAGCUGGAUAUUUAAAGGGUUCAGUGAUUUUAUUAGAGAAUAUUGUUGUAAAAAAUACUCAAGCAUAAUUUGGAGGAGGUUUCUAUUUGAUACUUUAAUCUGAGGGUUAAUUAAAACUGAUUAAUUCUUAGUUUUUCGAUUGUAGUACAAUAACAAGUAAUUCUGAAAGAUCUUAAGGAGGUACUUUAUAUGUAGAUUCAUCUUAAUCAUUAUUAGAUUUAAUAAUAUAUAAUACUACAGUCAUUAAUUCUUUUAGUAGAAAUGAAGGAGGAUGCAUUUAUGUAGAACCUUCGAGAGUAAAUAGUUAAAUUCAAUUUAAAGAUUUUAUCAUCUAAAAUAUUUAUUCAUUAGCUAUUCCUUUUUUAAGAAUUCCUGUAAGUUUUACAAGCUCAUCUUUAAUAUUAUCAGUUUAAUUUUUAAAUGUUUAUAUAAAUAAUGAAUACAAAGGUUAUUUAGACUAUUUAAAGGAAAUAGUUGAUCUAAAAAAUACUGAAAUAUCUAAUUAAAAAAAUAAUUAUUUAAUAUCAAUAGAUUAAGGGAAUGUAACAAUGCAAAAUUGUUUUUACAAGAAUAUUUUUAAUUAUGGGUUCUUGAAUUGUUUAGAAUGUGAAUCAUUAAUAUUUAUAAAUGUUGAAAUUAAAAAUUUUACUAUGUAGUAAGAAUCAAUUAUAAAUAUCAUAUUAAAUAAAAGUAAUAAUUGUAGAAAAUAUUUUAGAGUACUAAAGUGUAAUAAAAUUUAGUGAGGUUACAAUAGAGAAUAUGAUAGAAUUUAAAGGAUUGGUUGAAUUUCCAUAGGAGAAGCUGGAUAUUCUUGUAAAUUUGGUUUAUAGAUGUUAUUCGAAUUUAGUAAUACCACAGUCAUUAGAGACUUAUUAUACAGAAUAGAGAAAGGAGAUUUUAUCACAUAUCAAUUUCUAUUAGAUAAUUUAUGGUAAAUAAGUUUUAUAGACAAUAAUUAAAAUAGAUUAAGUUUCGGCUUUACAUCAUUUUCAUUUUUAAAGUUUUAGUAUGGAAUAAAAUAAUUGCCCCAGUUGUGAAAGUAGUAUCUUUUAAAUAACAAAUAUUGAUGAGGUAGAGUAAACUAAUCUGAUCUAUUUUAGUGAUUCAAAAUUCAAAAAUAAUACAUGUGGUAAACUUGGAUGUGUAGUAAUAUCUUCUAAUGAUAUUAAAGAAAUUAAAAUACAAAAUUUAAAUAGAAUAUUAUAAUCAGAUUAGAAUGUAAAUAAUGUUGAAGCUGAAGUAAAGAUAAUAGAUACUCUUUUUGCAGAAAAUAAAGCAACUUAUGGAGGAGCUUUAUUGAUUUCAAGAAUCAGUACAAUUAUAAAUAAUUGCAUAUUUAAUAAAAAUGUAGCAAUUGAAUCUGGAGGCGCAAUUUUCUAUUAGCAAAGUUAUGAAUCAUAAUUGUAUUUAUAUAAUUCCUUAAUUACCUACAAUAAUGCUAAUAUUGGAGGAGGAUUGUAUUUGGGAAAGUAUCAAAUGAAUGAUCCAAAAACAUUAAAUAAUUAUUUAAGAAAUAAUAAAGCAAAUAGUUUUGGAGAUAAUAUAGCUGAUAAUCCAUCUUAAUUGACUUUGAUGAUAGGGAGUCAAUAACUAUUGACAAAAAGAAUCAUAAACAAAGAUGAUUAGGUAGUUGAUUUGGUCAGUCAAGGAAAAUAUCAAAUUGGAUCCUAAACUUUUGAAUAUAUAAUGAUUCCAAGUGGACAAGCAGUGUCAACAUAUAAUUUUUUUGAUGAAAAUACUUAAAGUUUUAUUAGUUAUAAUUUCAGUUUAAGAAUAAUACCAUUGAAUAAACAAUAUGAUAGAAUAAAAAAUUUGGCUGGAUCUGAAUGCACAAUAUUAAGUCGUGAGAUUUUGAAUUAAAAAGAAUAAGUUUACAAUUCUAGUUUAAUAAAUAUGAAGAGUGUUGUUUUUAAUGAAAGUUCUUAGGAUUAUAAUUUAGAUUCUCUAAUUGUAUAUUUUAAUCCAGAUUAAAAUUCAAUAGGUUAUUUAUAAUUAGAAGUAUCAUGUAAUUCAGUUGCAAUAGCAAUAUAUUCAUAAGAUCCUCCUUAUUAAUUUUAAUCUUUUUAGACUAAUUAUUCAUUAAGAAUUAAUUUUUAAACAUUUCCAUGUUAAAGAGGAGAAUAUAAAAAACCAGAUGGAACAUGUGUAUUAUGUGAUGCUCAAUUCGAUUAGUAUAAUAUAAGGGCAGGAGAGUAAUGUUAAAUAAAAGAUUAAUUAACAAUGGAUUAAGUAAAUGCAGCAAGAGUAAAAUUAAAACCAUAUUAUUGGAGACCAUAUGAAUAUAGUCAUACUAUUGAAUAUUGUCAAAAUUUACCAGAGAAUUGUAUAGGUGGUUGGAAUCCUGGUAAUGAUUUAUGUGUAUCUGCUCAUGUUGGGGCUCUUUGUGAAUAAUGUGAUAUUUAUGAUAUUAGAGGAGAUGGUAAAUAUUCAUUAAGUUCUUUAUAUAAAUGUGGAAGUUGUGAAAAUAUUGGUGAUAAUACUAUUAAGAUUGGUCUUAUUAGUUUAUGGACUAUGAUAUCAAUUUUAAUUUCUGUUAAAGGUACCGUUGAUACUGCUAACAAAAUGGAAUAUGAACAUAAAUUAUCAAAAUUGAAAAUAUUUGCUAAAAAUCCGAAAGCUGGUUUUGGUGGAAUUCUUAUUAAAGUGUUAACUAAUUAUUUACAAAUUGUUGGUGCAAUAUCAACUUUUUAAUUAUAAUUACCAAGUGUUUUAUAAUCAAGUAUUCGUUCUGUUAGUAAUCCAGUGGAAUCUAUGAGUUUUUCAUUAGAUUGUUUUUUAAUUACAGUAUCUGAUAUUGAUAUCAUAUACUUUAGAAUGAUAUGGGCUCUUAUAAUGCCUGUUAUUUAUAUUAUUAGCUUUUUAACCCUUUAUACCUUAGCUAUUUUGAUUAAUAUUACUAAACCCAAUAAAAGUGCUAUUACAACAAGUGCAAUCUAUUUAUUCACAUAUCUUUAACCAACUCUCUUAGGAGGAUUUAUCUCUUUAUUAUCCUUUAGAUAGAUAUCAGAUAUCUAUUGGAUUUAAGGAAAUGUUGCUUAUAGAUAUGAUACAUAAACUCAUUUUAGAUGGAUGAUUACUUUUAUUUUACCUUCUACUUUAUGUCUUUCUCUUCUAAUCCCAAUUUAUAUGUUUACAAGUCUAUAUUAUAAGAAAACUUAAUUAAAUGAUCUUGAAACUAGAAAGACUUGGGGUUAUUUAUAUAACGAAUAUUCACCUAAAGCUUACUUUUGGGAGAUUGUCAAAAUUCUGUAAAAAGGAUUCAUGAUUGUAUUCUUAACCUUUUAUGAAGAUUUGAUCAUCAUUAAAGCUGCUUUGAUUUUUAUAAUUACCUUUGUAUAUUCAAUUUUUACUAAGAAGUUUUAACCUUAUAAAUUAACGUAUUUAAACUUUAUUGAUGAGAUCAGUACUCUUGUUUGUGAAACUUCAAUUGUACUUGGCAUGACUAUAUAUUCAGCUUCUACUUCAGAUAAUCAAGAAAUUAUUUGGCCUUUUUAUAUUAUUUUAAUAUGCAUAAAUACUAUUUUUAUAUCAGUAAUUCUUUGGGAAAUUGUACUUGCUUAAUUAGAAGAUUAAUAAGAGAAUAUUGAUAAGCUUAGAGAGAAAAUAAAUUAAAAGUUACCUAAUUUAUAGACUAAAAAUUGGUUAUUUCGUAGAUUACUUACUAAUAGGGGAGAAUAAUAGAGAAGAGUUAGAGAGAGAUUUUAAAAAAUAAGAGAAUAUCUGAUGAAAUAAGUUAGGGCUAAUCCUGGUCGAUAUAAAUUACCAAUGAUUAAUUAGUUUGACAUUUAAUCACUUGGAAAAAAUGGUGAUUUGAUUGUAAAUAGCUUUACUCAACUUUAGGGUUCCCCAUCAGAUACAGAGAAGAGAGAAACCUAAAAUAAUGUUGAAUUCAUAAGUAGAGCUAAAGUCUAUCCAGAAUUUCUAAUAAUAAAUAAAAUUGAUCAUAUUAAAGGAUAGAAUAAUUAAGAUGGAUCUGAGAUUAGUGAUAACUCAUGA